UGCCUUUGACAGCUCCACUGACAAGUGUAUUUGCCUGUGUUGGUUCAUCCAAAGGAUGGAGAUACUGGACAACAUGGGUGAGGAAGGGAUGGAGCUGGAGGGAUCAGCCGCCACAGCAGCCAUUGUAAACACCAGCCUAGAUGGUGUCACAAAUAUCACCAACAUUACCUUCUCCCCCUACUAUCGGCACUCUCUUUAUGUGGCUGCCACCUACAUCCUGGCCUACUUCUUCAUUUUCCUGCUGUGUAUGGUGGGGAACAUCCUGGUGUGUCUGAUCGUACUGGAAAACCGUCAUAUGCGCACAGUAACCAACCUCUUCAUCCUCAACCUGGCUAUCAGUGACCUGCUGGUGGGAAUCUUCUGCAUCCCAACAACACUGGUGGACAACCUCAUCACAGGUUGGCCCUUUUCCAACAUUGUGUGCAAAAUGAGCGGCUUCGUGCAGGGCAUGUCUGUCUCUGCAUCAGUCUUCACCCUGGUGGCCAUAGCUGUUGAAAGGUUUCGCUGUAUAGUGUACCCUCUACAACCCAAGACGACUAUACUUGUUGCCAAUGCAGCCAUCGUGUUAAUCUGGGUGCUGGCUGUGGUGAUGAUGUGUCCUGCUGCUGUGGCCCUGACUGUAGAGGAAGUCCCUUACCACUACAUAUUGUACAAUGAUGACUUCAACCACACACUCCCCUUGUACACCUGCUACGAAAACUUUGCCAACCCUCAGAUGAGAAAGGUCUACACGACGGUUCUGUUUGCUCAUAUCUACGUGGUACCGCUUGUCGUCAUCACGCUGAUGUACGGAAGCAUUGGAGGCAAACUGUGUUUUUCUGUGGUUGCUAACAGAGAGCCACAGCUGGCCAACGCCACAGUUCAAGCUGGGGGUAGAAGGGGCGGUCAGCCAACGAUUUCCCAGAAAAAGAUCAGAGUGAUAAAGAUGCUCAUCAUGGUGGCUUUGCUUUUCAUGCUGUCCUGGUUGCCACUAUGGACGCUCAUGAUGAUGACUGACUAUGCAGGCUUGGACAGGGACCAGUUGGACCUUCUGGCCAACUACAUCUUCCCCUUUGCUCACUGGCUGGCUUUCUCCAACUCCAGCGUCAACCCCAUCAUCUACGGCUACUACAAUGAGAAAUUUAAGAGGGGCUUCCAGGCGGUGUGCAAGUCCAGGCCCUUUUGUUGCCUCGUCCAGUGCCAGCUGUGGAAGAGGAUGGUCUCGUGGGGCAGGAAAGACAGGACUGUUCAAGCACUAUGUGAAGGUGCUGACUUCAGAGGUGCCACUAACAAUCACAGCCAUCUUGUCUUGGGGCUGAGAAAUCGAGUCCAUAACGACAACAAGGUGACUGAAACAGCAGAGGUGAAUAGGAGUGUGAAGGUGGGGUGUGUGGUGGUUCACUCAGAGGGAAGACUUUCAGAUCGAGGGUUAGAAAUGACAGCUGUGCAUAAGAAAGGCAGUAAUGGUGAGGAGUCACAGAGGCUUAGUUCACUUGCAGCCUCAGUGUAUCAGGCAUGGGAUAACUGA